AACUAAUUUAUCAAUAAUUAUCAAAUUCUUCAAGUUUUCGAAAAAUUGAAUAAUUGAAGGAUCAAGAUUGAAUAAUUUAUUAGUUGUCGUGAAAAUCAAUUAAACUUCGUUACAGCAGCUAAGAUUGUGAAUGAUUCAACGCUAGUAUCUGUAGAAUUCUCACCAAGAAGCUGUGAACUUUACGAGCUUACGAUGAGCAACCUGAAAGAUGAAUUAAAUCAGUAUUUAAACCGAGGCGAUCAAACGAAGAAUGGCAUUUCAUUUGGUAAACAAACUUUCAAUAAAAUUUUCAAGAAAUUGGAAACUGAAGAUAACGAGGAUCUAUUGAACAGUAAUAAUCAGAAAUAUUAUCAAGGAUGGUUUGAGUGUCCCUCGCUGAGUCGAAUGCAAAAACUCAUCUGUUUCUGCAUAUGUUUGUGUGUAAGUGGUCUGUUUUUCGGAUUAUCUCUUCUGUACAUUCCUGUAAUUGUCUUGAAGGCUAGAAAAUUCGCAUUAUGCUUCACCCUUGGGAGUUGUUCUACUUUGUGCAGUUUUGCUUUUCUUUGGGGACCAGUAAACUACCUAAAACAUCUUUGUUCAGUGGAACGUUUACCAUUCACAGCGGUUUAUUUUGCUUCAUUAAGCGCAACUUUAUAUUUUGCCAUGGUUAUGCAAAGUACCAUACUUACAGCAUUAUGUGCUGUAAUUCAGAUAGUUUCGUUAGUAUGGUUCGUUGUUACUUAUAUUCCCGGAGGUCAGACCGGAUUGUCAAUGUUUAGAAGAAUUUUUACUUCGGCAGUUUCCUCUUCGGUUUCUAAUACACUACCUGUGUAAAUUUGUUAUUUAGGAGUUGCAUCAAGUUCCUACGUACAAUUUUUUUAAUUUUUAAAUUUUGCCAUGUUGUAACCUCAUGUCAAUUUUGUGUUCUAUGUAAUGUCAUAUUUAUUCAUUAUUAUUUUUAUGUAUCGAAUUUCUGUUAUUAAAUGUUUUCUAAAAU